AUGCGCUUUCUUUGUGUAGGCUCUCAGGAUGGUAGCUCCGACAACGAGAUGGAAGAUGCUAUGCGCGACAUGGACGACGGAGAUGGUGACAAUGAGCCAGAUGCGGAUGCCGAUGUCGACCAGGACCAGGACCAGGAACCAGAAAGCCCUUCAAAUGCCAGCCAGGCUUCAGACGGAGCGGGCAUGGCUUCUCAAACCAAUCAAGACACAACCAACCUGACAUCCCCCGGAAAUGCGGAGAACUCCACGCUGGAGUCAUUCUCUAUCUACCAUCCAAGCGUCCGCCCCGAGUGCCUCACAGCCAAAAACUACGACAUCGUCCCUACCACUGCAGCGCCCCAUAGUACGUCCAUCAAUGCCGUCACCGCGACCGCCGAUAUGCGCUGGGUAUUCAGUGGAGGAUCCGAUGGAUACGUGCGCAAGUUCAACUGGGCUGACUCAAUCAACAGUAAGCUCAUGUUGACCGUUGCGCAACGCCAUCCCUUCGUGGAUAGCGUUGUGAAAGCCGGCGUCUACAUGACAUACUGGGAGAACAUGGAUGGGAGCAAUCUGUCGCCGGUCUACUCGUUGGCAUGUCAAAGCGAAGGCAUGUGGCUGUUGACGGGACUAGAGUCUGGAACCAUCCGAUUACAAACCCUCCGCCACGACGAAGGCAAAGAUAUAGCGCUACUUCGACAGCAUACGUCGGCCGUGUCAGCAUUAAACCUGACCUCUGACGAGCAAUCUCUGUUGUCGGGGAGCUGGGAUAAACGGGUCUUUGAUUGGGACCUAAACACCGGGCAGGCUCGACGCGCAUUUGGAGGAAGUGCUGGUCAGAUCUGUACUGUACAAAUUCGGCCAGAGUCAAGCCUGCCCGUUCCUUCAGAUACAAUUGAUUACUCGCAACCAAACGGUACUUACUCGUCGAAUUAUGAAGCGAGUGGUACGGACAACUUCAAUGCCAUGGACACCACUCAAGAUGCUGGGGACGCAGGAGCCGCUGAGAACCCGCAGGCGGGUUCCCCGGCAGACUCCUUAUUUGGAGGAGCCGAUUCCCUUUUCGGAGAUGCAGAUGGAGGGGCAGCAGAUGGCAACGAACCGUCUGGAGGUGUAUUUGGAGUUGACGAAGAUGAUGAGUUUGGCCGUGCUCUUGCGAAUGGUGUCUUGGCCGAUGCUGACGCAUCUGGCGAAAUGGAUACCAAUAUGCCACAGGCCGAUUCCACAUCACAGGCACAGGCAGCUGCCACGGACACAAACUCCAACCUUGAUGCAUCUAGUGCGACACAAGGCGUGACGAGCAGUGAUAUUGCGCUAGCCACGUCCGAGCCCGUCGUCAACGGUCUUCCCACGGCCGAAGCCCUGGAAGCACAUUCAUCUGGCUAUGAUAUCUCGCAGAGUAUGCAGACAGAGCAGACGCCUGGGUCGGACACUACAUUUUUGGCCGCUUCUAUCGACGGUACAAUUCGGAUAUGGGAUCGACGACAGCCCGAUCCAGUCGCGCGAAUCACCCCUCGCAACGUUCCACCAUGGUGUAUGAAUGCAUGCUGGUCCCCAGACGGCAACUAUAUAUAUGCGGGGCGCAGAAACGGCACAGUCGAGGAAUAUAGCCUCCACAAAGGUCUUAGGGAAUCUGAACGCACAUUCAAGUUUCCGCAAGGAAGUGGUCCAGUCACAGCCCUCAAGGCGAUGCCGAAUGGCCGCCAUCUCGUCUGUGCUUCCCACGAUAUCCUGCGUCUUUACGACCUGAGGCAUGAGCAGUCUCGACACUCGACUGUGCCGUUCUUGAUUAUUCCGGGUCACCGUACCGGAACUAUCUCGCAACUAUAUGUGGACAAUGCCUGUCGCUAUAUGAUCUCUACUAGUGGAAAUCGUGGCUGGGAGGGAAAUACCACUGAGGUUCUCCUGGGCUAUGAGAUCAGUGUUCCUCAAUGA